AUGCAACGCCUAGCGACAACGCCGUCGCAGGCGGUGAGGCAAAAGGGCACGUCUGGGGAGACGGACGGUGCUGUGCCUACGACGUUGAUGUUGGUUGAGCCGAGCUCUUUGCUCUUUCCCCCGCCCCAUCGUAAUCGGGCGGUGCAGAACGUUGUCGUGCUGUACAACAUUAGCCGCCAGCCAUGCAUCUUUAAGGUCAAGUCACGCACGCCCGAGCGUUAUUACAUCCAACCUCACAUGGGCACAAUAUCCGCCCAGGGAGCCGUGCGGAUCCGCUGUAUUCUGCGUCCACAGUACGAGGAUUUGCCGCCAGCAACGCGGGACGUUUUUCGCUUCUGCCUGAAGCCAAUUUCGUCGAAGUGGGUGCCAGAAAAGAGGCGUUUGCUGCAUGGUGCGAAGCUGAAGAAAUUGUGGGAUGCAGCAAACAUGGAAACUUCGACCACCGUGACAAAAGAGUUAAGCUGCAUCUUUAAAGGCGAUGCUGCACCUCCGCCCGGGGCGCUGAUCACGGUACUUGACCCCGCCACGAUUGGCCUUGGCACCCCGGCUGAGACGGCGGCCGCCGCCUCACCCUCAGCAGCGGGCGCUCACGAGAAUGAUGAACCUGCGGGAGGCACGCAGGAGGCGUCGCAACACGGAAGGAAAUCGAGCAGCAGAAAGGAGCAGCAGCAACGAACGGGUAUGCGAGGUUCCAUGGACCGCACUCGUGACCCGGAUUGCCCUGCCAGGAAGGAGCACAGGAAAUCCAGAGGGGGUGCGGGCUCCUCCGCAGAUAGGACAUCGCCUGCUUCUACAACUCAACAGAAGGCCCGUGGGUUGUUCCUUGGGGUGGGGCGUAGUAUGAUGAAAGCCACAGAAAUCAGUGGCUAUUAUGUGCUUCUUUCAUGCGUUAUUCUACUGUUGUGCACUGCGUGUGGCUUGUAUUUCAGUUGCUACAAUGUCCCCGGUGCCGGCGGGAUCUUGGGUUAUGCGUCCUCUUUCGCGGAAAUGCUGUCUGCUGUGGAUCGCUAUGCAAGCAAGUUGUUCGCCAGUGGACGAAGCCUCUAG